GUAUUUCUGCGGCAUGGGAAAUUGUUAUAGAGAGUACUUUCUCCAGGGUUGAGUUGCUAUUGAAGAAAAAGAAAACGAACCUAUUCGUUCUCGAAGAGAGAUGGUUGUUUUGUUUUAUCGAAGGAAAAGAAGGAUUGCCCGCGCGUGGUUUGGUAAACUGUUUCAGGGGCAACCGUAACCAGGAUUUAUUUUCACAGCGAACCACAGUUCCAUGCUUCUAUUAUCCUUCGCAGUUUGCUGGCGGUCAAUGCCUUCCUUAAAAGAGAAUUUCUGAUCCAAACGAACACUUGAAAACAGGAUUCUUGCCCCAUUCGUUCCUUGCCUUUAAGAAGGAUUUGCCUUGAACGUGUAUAUAUAUAUAUAUAUAUAGAUAGUAUACACACCCUGACUCAAACGUUACAAAUAUACAUGCUGAUGUACAUAUAUAUAAGCAGGGAAAAUAAUUUUGCUGUGUUCUUUAAUUUAUACUUCUUCCUUUUUGGUGUAUCUUACUUAAAGAUAUUCUUUUGAUAUUUCCUUCUUUGGUUCUGUAAUAUUAACGGAGGUUGUUGUCAUUGGAAGCGAAUUGCAAAACAGAUAACCAUUAUUAUUACUAUAUUACUAUUAAGGCAACUUACUUGAAAAAUCUCUGUUAUUAUUUUUUUCGUUUCCUUCUUUACAAACUUUAUUGCAUUUCAUCUCACUAACGAAAUAUUUUUAAUAUCGAAAGAAUUAGAAUUUUAAAAAAAACCACCUUUUUGUGUAAAAGAACCCCGAAAGACGACGAACUUCCUGGUUUGACUCUUGUUCCAAAUACUAUUGCUUUAUUCAAUGCAUGGAUUUCACUUUAACAAAACCAUUCUAGUCAAUUAUAUAUCGGAACAAUGUUUAGAAUAUGAGUACCUCCAAUCUAUUUGUACACGUGUGAGUACACACAUUUAUUUGUAUGUAAGUUCUCAACUUCAAAAGCUAUAUACAUAUGUAUAAUUCCAAUAUAUAUCAUUAUAUGUGGGUGUGUAGAUAACAUACGAAUGUGUAUGUAGAAUAACUAGCCCAUUGGUCUGAAAACCUGUCUUCAAAGUACUAUUUGCUUGGAUCCUUUGUCUGAAUUAGCUAAACUAUGGCUCAGGAACCUGUCGUCCUGAACGUUUACGAUAUGAAUUGGAUAAAUGAAUAUACGUCUUCAUUGGGUGUAGGAGUAUUUCAUUCUGGUGUACAAAUCUACGGAUCUGAAUAUGCUUAUGGUGGACAUCCAUUUCCUGUAUCAGGAAUAUUUUCAAUGGAACCAAGAGAGGCUAAAGAACUUGGAGAACACUUCAAAUUCAAAGAAAGUAUUGUGAUAGGAACCACAGACUUUAACCCUAUGGAUAUUCAGAAACUUGUUCGAGAAAUGGGCAAGGAAUUCCGUGGAGAUUAUUACCAUUUGUUAACCAAAAAUUGCAACCAUUUUUCCUCAAUCUUAACAGAAAUUUUAUGUGGCAAAUCUGUUCCCAGUUGGGUGAAUCGUCUUGCAUACAUGAGUACUUGUAUACCAUUCCUAGAGAAAGCAUUACCAAAAGAAUGGCUGACACCAGUUGCAUUACAGAAUGUUUUACAAGAUCCAAAUCAUACGGACAUGGAGGAACAAUGAAACUUGUUUCCGUUAAUAAAAAUGAAAAACUAUUCACCUUCAAAAUCAAGCAACCAUCAUGGCGAGAACUCUUGCUGCUAGCAUUAUUUUUUUUUCUAAGUAAUGUUUUUUUUUUGUUGUAUGCAGAAGUUGAACAAAGUAAUAUGUAUGGUAAUGUCUGAACAAUUACUAUUAAACUUUCUCAUUUAACACAUUUUCAACAAAAGUUCUUAACCAUAAAAGGUUAAUAUAUUUUUCCAAAAAGAAGAAAAAAAAAUUUUUUUAAUCUUUUCUUCAAAGUAUUUUUUCCCCCUCUUUCCUUGUUAUGGAAUAAAUUGAUGUGCAGACCUCCUAGCACAUAAUCAUUUUUUUUUAAAUUUCUACAAUACCGUUUGUAUGUGUACAGUCCUUCUAAAAGACAUUGCCUGCCAUAGGUCCUCAAAGUUAUGGACUUCUUCCUUCUUAAGCAGUGCCAAAUAAUGAAUAAUAAUAAUAAUAAUAAUAAUAAUAAUAAUAAAGAUGGUGAUGAUGAUAACAGAUAGAAAGAGUGUUACAAAAGGAGCUGAUGUCUCUAUUGGACAAAAUGAUUGUACAUAGAUAUUUAUAUAGAAGCAUGUGCACACUUACAUGUGAGAAAGCCAUUUGGCAGGACUGGGUGUGACCUGUGUGUACAUGUAGAAAAGUACAAAAUAUAAUGUGUGUGUGUGUAUGUGCAUGUAUGUAUAUCUCCAACUGUAUAUACCGACCCACUGUAUCUGUGUAAGAUUUAUUAAUUCAUAGCUAUUAGAGAGAAUGAACAAAAACAAAGGACAGACACAACUAUAUCAAACUUCAGGCUCUGGGUCCUUAGCUGAAAUCUCAUCAUGUGACCUGCUUCAAUACUGUAUUGGUAUCUGGGCCCCCCUCCUCCUCAUCCAUUUCAUGUUUUGUUUUAUUGCUACUCGACCAAACUAAAUAUCAGAAAACGUCCAAGAGUGGCUAACUGUAACCUACAUGUUAACUCAUUCUGAGUAAAUGAUACCUCUUGAAAUACAUAUCUUUGUUUUCAUAACUUUUCUUAGUAUUGUUGUUAUUAUUGUUGUUGUUGUGGUGGUGGUGAUAGUGGUCACCAUUGUGUAGUGAUAAAGUUCUAAGUGGACCGACUCAUAUCUAGUUUCAGUUUCCAUUUGGAACUGCUUUAACUUAUAUCACUAAUACACUUCUGGUGCCAUAAACAUUACAACUUUCCAUUCCCUGCCUUUUCCUUAGAAAUCUGAGACCUAUGAAUGAAAUAUGAUCAUCAUCGUCAUCAUCAUCAUCAUUAUUAUUAUUAUUAUAUCUUUCCAGAAU